GCUUCCUGGUUUUGAGCGCUUUGUGCUAUCGCGAGUACGUGAUACCUGUAUUCUUCGUACAAAUCGCAAAGCUCGCGAUUUCGCUAGACCGGAGCUCUUCACAAGAGCAUUUCAGCCGGCUACCUCACACAGCCAAUUUCGACACAUGACGCGGGAGCGCAGCAGCAUGAGUCGCCUGCUCCUCGCCGUAGGCCUCUGUGGAACCUGCGCUGCCUAUGCCCCGACCGGCAGUCCCAGGCCGCGCCGCGGCCUCGUCGUGCGACGAGCCGAGGACCGCGCCGAGCAAAUAAAAAAACUGAACGAUAUGUUCUACGGCACCAGUACGACGACAACCGACGCCGCUGGUGACGCCAGCACGGACGCCGCCAGCGCAGCGGACGACGCCGCCGACCCGCUCUCCGACCUGCCGCUCUGGCGGGUCCAGUGGAAUGCACUUCCGGGCGAGCGGCAGGUCUACAACGUUCAUGUGCCACAUUAUACAGCAUUGUUCGAGAAAUUAGUUAGGGGCCCGAAGCCCUGGUAUUUCGGCCAUAUACUAUUACCGGGCGGCUCGGCGAAUUUAAGGAUCCCGAAGUAUGCCCUACCCGACGGGCCCGAGGCGACGACGCUGGGCACCGUGAUGGAAUGCCUGGCAGUGGAAAGAAGGACGGACGGGUGCCUCGUGGUCGUCUCGCAGGGCGUGGGGCGCUUCCGCGUGCGGGACGUGAAGCGAACCUUACCCCACGACGUCGUCGACGCGAGCUGGGUCUUGGAUAAGGAAGAAGGCGAUCACGAAGCGUGGCGGGCGUUCGAGUUCGGCCCCGGCGGCGUGAAGCUGUCGUCCACGUCGGCCGAGGUCGCCGAGCUCUCGCCGCUGCGGCUCGACCGGGCGCCGGUGCAGAGCGGAAUUGUUGUAGAGGAGAUGGCCGAACCGGUCGACGACGACACGGCUUCUGACGACGUCGAGCAGCGGGUCUGGGACGCCGUGGCCGUCGACGGCGGGCUUCUGGAACAAAUACUCAUGGCCGACGGCACGCCGGCGGAGCAAGCCAAGAUCCGCCUCCCGCCGAGUCUGCUCGCGUUGAAGCCAGAGGCCGCGCCGGACGCGUGGCCCACGGCGCGGCGACGGCUCCGGCUUUCCUUCGCGGUGCCGGCGGCUUUAGGUCUGGUCGACGUCGCGGAGGGACGCCAGGGCCUGCUGGAGGCCGGGUCGACGGCGGACCGGCUCAGGCAGGUCGAGCGCGCGCUGACGCGGCGGGCCGCCCACCUCCGGGGCAUCCUGUCCCAGAAGCUCCAGAAGCGGCGGGAGAACUGAGUGUUAAAUUACAUGUGUAUUAGUAAAACAGACA